UUUUGAGUGCCCCGUCCUCUCUUACUUUUUCCUCAUUCCAUCUGUUCCCUCUUUCCGAUUGAACUCUCACCUCCAUUACCUUAGGCAGCCUCACUGAGGAGGAGGGGCCUGCUGACAUCAUGGCGACAUGGGUGUCAGUUGGUGGGGCGACUCUCCCGGUGGAAGGGGUGUUUGUGACGUCCAGACAGAGCUGGGCUGCUUUCAGCCCCUCAUUGUUUUAUAAUUGUCCCUUGUGGCUCUGCUUACAGAACCAUGCUCUCAAUACUCUGGAAGUCUGGGGCAGUAUGGCAGAGUGGAGCUGACAUGGAUACUCUGGCUUGGCAAGAGGACAGAGAUGAGACCCAUUCUAGAGUAGGAGGAUAGCAUUGCUUAUACAGAGAGGUCAUGGGUAAAAGUAUCUAAACCUGUUUUGGGGGUUUGAGUUCUACUGAUGUCUUGGGUGUCUUGGCUAGGAGGAAGUGGAAUCUUGAGUAAGGGGGAAUCUCGCUUUAGCAGUAGCUGAAUAUCCGUGGAGGGAGGUUUUAUUGUAUUGUCAAGUUUUGGUCUAUUUUUUAUUUUUCUCUCAGUUUUUCUCUUCUCCAUCAUUCAAGAGUGCAUAUGUUUAGACGUGACAUGUCAUUUAUCAUUUGGCCACAUCAUCUACCUAACUACAUGAUUAAGUUCGUACUUCUUACAUGAUCAAGAUGCAGCCACUUGAAAUAAUUCUGUCUUUCGAGCGCCCCUGCCUGCAGUCUCUCCCGUUUUACACGGCACACAUGCUGCUCCUUCUGCCCAGCCGGCAUCUCUGCUCUUUCUCUCCCUCUCUUCCGUAACGUAGGGUAGCGGUGUGCGUACGUAGACAGCCCCCCUGACGAGGCCCCCUGCUCCAGCAUGAAAGGUUAUGUAAUGAGUUUUUAGUAGAGUUUCCUGGUUGUCAAGAGCCUGACUCGACUCAUGUUGCCGCUUAGGACAGGGAUGAGCUAGCGUACUGCCACUCGCUCAUCCUGUCAAUCAGUUAGUAGGGGGACAAAAACUCCUCAGAUAAACCGGUAACGCCUAAGACCAAAAGUAGAACAAGAAGCCAGGUUCUGCCUUAUAGCUUUUAGGGAAAGACGUUUUUCACUAGAGGAAGUGAGUUAGUGCGUUUCGGAGCAGACGGCGGUAGUCAGGCCACCUGUUCCCCCAGCCUCAGAGACGGGUAACAGAGAUAGUGAGAGAGACUACACAGAGAGAAGCAGCAAGCGGGGGCAGCAUCACCACCGCACACCCUCUACAAGCUUUUGGGACACUCCACACACCCCUCACGGAGAUUCUAAGCAUGCUGCUGCUGGAGGAGUCGGAGACCUUUGCAGACCAGCCUCGUACCGCUCCCUUCAGCUCGGAGAAUGAAGCACAGGGAGGGGAGUCUGCGGGAUGGCAGUGCACCCCCCCAUCUACCUCAGCCUCAGGGGAGACGCCGUCCCACCCCUCAACGCAGCCCCACUCUCGACCGUCCUCAUGGCCUGAGAACCAAAUCCCCUCUCAGUCCCUGAGUGGAACCAAGAAGAGGUCCCACUCCAACAAACCCCCACACAUGAGGAGGAACAUCAGAAAGCUACUGAGGGAGCAGCAGUUGGAGGCGGUGACCAAAGCUGCCCAGCAGGAGGAGCUGGAGAGGCGGCAGAGGCUGGAACAGCAGAGGAAGGAAGGGCACGUGGCCCUGCUACCUGAGUACACACCAGGACAUCUGUCUAAGAGUGUGUCUGCUACCGUGGCCAAACAGGAUCAUGUGAUCUGCCUGGACACCAGUAAAAGCAGCACUAACGUCAGAGAAGACGACUCCAAAGCUCUGGUCCCAGAAGUACACACCUCCAAUGAAGACGUGAUCGAGCUGAGCUCCGGCGAGGACGACGCCCUACAGAUCAGCAGCGAGUCCACCAAUGAGGAGGAGGAGCGGUCGGAGGAGGCCAGCGGCGCCCACGUCAAUGACGCUGUGAACCAACCGGACGCCCUGGGGCGUGUCUUGGUCAACCUGAAUCACCCUGCUGAGGAGGUAGACCUGUUUCUCUCCCCUCAACUGGCCCGGGCCAUCAAACCUCACCAGAUCGGCGGGAUCCGGUUCCUGUAUGAUAACCUGGUGGAGUCUCUGGAGAGGUUUAAGCGCAGCAGUGGCCUUGGCUGUAUCCUGGCCCACAGCAUGGGCCUGGGCAAGACCUUGCAGGUCAUCUCCUUUAUAGACAUCCUGUUUAAACACACGCAGGCCCACACCGUGCUCGCCAUCGUUCCUGUCAACACGUUACAGAACUGGCUGGCUGAGUUUAACCUCUGGGUCCCUUCCUCUGAGGGAUUACCUGCAGACAUCAACCCCGCCCACUUCUCCCCGCGCAUCUACAAGGUCCACAUCCUGAAUGACGAGCACAAAACAACGGCCAGCAGAGCGAAGGUUAUCUCUGACUGGUCGCUGGAUGGCGGUGUGCUCCUGAUGGGGUAUGAGAUGUACCGCCUGCUGUCUCUGAAGAAGAGCUUUGUGGCGGGCCGGAAGAAGAAGUCCAAGAAGCCCCAAGGACCAGUGGUCAUUGACCUGGACGAAGAGGACCGGCAGCAGGAGCUCCUCAAAGACAUAGAGAAGGCCCUGUCUCGCCCAGGCCCGGACGUGGUGAUCUGUGACGAGGGCCACCGCAUUAAGAACUGCCACGCCAGCACCUCGCAGGCCCUGAAGAACAUUCGUACCCGGAGACGCGUGGUCCUAACAGGAUACCCCCUCCAGAACAACCUGAUAGAGUACUGGUGCAUGGUGGACUUUGUCAGGCCUGACUUCCUGGGCACCAGGCAGGAGUUCAGUAACAUGUUUGAGAGGCCCAUUCUGAACGGGCAGUGUGUGGACAGUACGCCUCAGGACGUUCGGUUGAUGAGAUACCGAAGUCAUAUCCUCCAUAGCCUGCUGGAAGGCUUCGUCCAGAGGCGUGGCCAUAACGUGCUGAGAGACCAGCUCCCCUCCAAGGAAGAGCAUGUGAUCAUGGUGCGUCUGUCUCCCCUGCAGAGGGCCCUCUACACUGAGUUUAUGAACCGCUUCAGAGAGGCAGGCAACAGCGGCUGGCUCAGCCUCAACCCACUCAAGGCCUUCUGCGUGUGCUGCAAGAUCUGGAACCACCCAGACGUGCUGUACGAGGCGCUGCAGAAGGAGAAUCUGGCCAAUGAGCAGGACCUGGACCUGGAUGACAUCACCAACGGCCACGCCCGCUGCCCAGCCCCCUACGAGAAGGGCAAGACCCCGGAGGACCCCAACAGCAUCGGAGGGCUGAGUCUCAACGCUCUGCAGGAGAAGGCCAACCAGGUCAUCACCUACGAAUGGGCGAAGGAGAUCAUGUCUGACUAUAAACCCGGGCUCUUAGAGAACUCUGCUAAGAUGGUCCUGCUGUUCCACCUGAUCGACGAGAGUGUGAGGAAGGGAGACAAGAUCCUGGUGUUCAGUCAGAGUUUGUCCACCCUGUCAGUCAUCGAGGAGUUCCUGGCCAAGAGGCCCAUACUGGCGGGCAGCGCCAGAGAGGGCUACAACCAAAACUGGGUCCGCAACCACAACUACUACAGACUGGAUGGGAGCACAUCUGCUUCAGAGAGAGAGAGGCUCAUCAACCAGUUCAACGACCCGUCCAACACCUCCGCCUUGAUCUUUCUGCUGUCCACCAGGGCUGGCUGUCUGGGGGUGAACCUGAUUGGGGCUAACCGUGUGGUGGUGUUCGAUGCCUCCUGGAACCCCUGUCACGACGCCCAGGCCGUAUGUCGGGUGUACCGCUACGGCCAGAAGAAACCCUGCCACAUCUACCGCCUGGUCUGUGACUUCACCCUGGAGAAGAAGAUCUACGACCGACAGAUCUCCAAGCAGGGCAUGUCCGACCGAGUGGUGGAUGACCUGAACCCGGUGCUGUCGUUCACGCGGAGGGAGGUGGAGUCUCUGCUGCACUUCGUGGAAAAGGAGCCUGACGUGUCACAGGUGCAACUAAACCCCGACCAGGAGAUAGAGACAGGCAUCAGACAGGCCUGCCAGCUCUACCCUCACCUUGUCACCAAGCAACCCUUUCACCACGAGUCUCUCCUGAUUGAGCGACGGGAGAUGAAACUUACCAUAGCCGAGAAGAAGGCCGCGAAGAAGAGCUACGAGGAUGAGAAGCGUGCGUCGGUGCCCUACACGCGCCCCUCUUAUGCCCACUAUUACCCCGCCAGCGACCAGAGCCUCACAAAUAUCCCUGCCUUCAGCCAGCGCAACUGGCGCCCACCCCCCCGACAAGAUGAGAAGCCAGUGGCCAGUGUCCGCCCAGUUAAGUCGACUCCAAUUCCCAUGAUGCCUCGCCAGGCGUCUCACAGCUCUGCCCCCACAGCAGACUCCGACUCCAGCUCGGGCUUUCCCGUCAACUACCUGCAAAAGGCGGGCGUAUUCGUCCAGAAGAUCGUCACCACCACAGAUAUCGUGAUACCUGAAACCAACAGUUCAACUGAUGUUAAGGCCAGGAUCAGUGCAGGAGAGAGCAUCCACGUCAUCAGAGGAACGAAAGGGACCUACAUCAGGACUUGUGAUGGGAGGAUAUUUGCCAUCCGCACUGCAAGCAAGUCCAAGGCACGGGAAGAGAACUCAGCUGCUGCACCCAAAGACACCCAGAAGGUAUCGGAGGAGGCCUCCGCCAACGGCUGUGUGACUCGCCUGCUCUCCCCCGACAGCCCCGAAAUCCUGAGUGAACUCCAGAGGUACGAGGCUGCAACCAAAACCAAGGCCCAGCAUCAGCAGGGCUCCAAGGCUUCGUCUGCAGGUGCAGUGGUUCCACAGGAGAAGGCACCGGCAGAGAGCAACAAUGGCAGCAGCAUGACUAUCCAUGCCAAGCCCUGGAGCGAUGCCUCCACCCCGGCCAAGCCCAGCACAGAUGCCAUUGCUGCCCUGGACCUGAUGGGCACCAAGCGCAAGGCCUCCACCCCGUCCAACAUCGAACGAGCCAACAAAAAGCAUCCGGCCCCCAGCAAGCGCACCUCGGCCCAGUUGCCCCCCCAGGCGUUUCCCUUUGCGGCGGGCUAUGACCUCCCACCCAUGGGCCUCAACCCAGCCAUACUGGGCUCCAUGGGGCACCCCAUAUUCAUGGGGGCCGGCUUGCCCUACUUCCAGUCCCACAGCCAGCAGGGUGACCACUGUCUCAUGUUCCCCAUGACUCCCGACCCCUUCGGCUUGGGGGGCGGCACCCUACCUAGAUCCUCUUCCACCAUCACCUCCUCGGCUGCCCCUGAUUCGGCCUCCCUAGCUCCCUUCAUGCUGGGUGCUGGUAUGGCUGGCAUGCUGCCCCCAGGUUUCCCCAUGUCCUACGGCCAGUCCCUGUGCAUGUAUCCUAACUUGCUUCUCCCCGGGGAGCUACCGGCCGCCACCCCAGGCCCCGCUGGCUCCAGCUUCUUCUCGCCCUUCCCCUCCUCCUCCGGCCUGAUGGGGGCAGGGCUGGGUCGCUCUGAUGCCCACGGCUCGGCAGAGAACGCCGGUGGAAGCAGCUCAGACAGCAACAACUACGAUGAAGAUGAUGAUGAUGUCAUUGAGGUGAUGGGACAAUGAGAGCCUCCAUCGUAGGAAAGAGGCAUGUGGGUUGUAGGGGACAACUAGUGGAGUUGCUGGGGCUAGGAGUGCUGAAGAGAAAGGGAAGGGACAACCAAGCCCACCUCCUCCACUAGACCUAUUCCCCAUCCCAAAUGCAACAUGCACACCUUUCAGAAAACGGAAAUCUGUGUUGGAAUAUAACAGACUGGACAAAGCACCAAAUCCUUAUGCUGAAUAUCUUAUUUAAAAAAAAAUUAAAAAGACAAAUCUGAACUUAUAUGAUUAAGAAAAAUGAACUUGGGGCUUCCAAAAUGUUGUCCUGUACUGGCUUUUGCAAAUCAUUGAAGCAAGCGACUGCUGGGUUUGGACCUGCAAAUCACUUCUUUGUCUUCUAUUAAAAAAAAUGUUCCCAACAGUUGAUGACAGACUAGGUUAAUAACUAACUGACAAUAGACUAGAGUUAAUAUGUCAAUUUUAUAUACGUAGUUGGUAGUAAUUAUUGUAUGGCGCAAAAUAUCAGUUACAUGAUAUUGUUCUUGAUUGUCAUUAUAUGCUACUGAAUAUUAUUUUAUAUAGUAGUCGUACUCUAAACAUGUCACAACUGUUUUCAAAAUCGAUUUGAUUUGCCCUUGAAUUUACUGCGUUUCGUUUUUCUGAAAAUGGUCUACUUGAGACUCAAUUCAAAGAAUCAGUUAGGCUCUUUGUUGGGUGAAAAACGAAGUCAAAAACCUUCAACUCAAAGAAUGUACGCUUAUUUACGACUUUAACGCAGACCUUGGGGACAGGCAUCACACUUGGGAAGAUCUGAUUUCGAUUUGUGAUAUGUCAUCUACAUUUUUCAAAUGUACACAUCGUCUACAGGCGACGAUGUGAAAACUGUGAUCUUGCUAAGCUCCAACUGUCCGAAGGGAACUGAAUUGAAAAUGCCUUGCCUCUGUCUCUCUGAAUGUUACCUAGUGGGAGUAGAGAAACAGCGAGACGGGCAGUCCUAGGACCUGGAUCUCACCCAUAGUCUUACUGUAGCUUUGCUAAGUGAUGCAAAUAUAACCCAUGAACCCUCUGGUGGUCAGGUGGGUCACCUGUCUACUUCUCUAUCUGUUUCUGCAUCGUGUACCCAAGGGUUCUAGAGUAGAGAACUUCUGUCAUACUGACUCGCUCUGCCUUGUGGAUAGCAUGAACACUCGUUUUCAGUUCCUUUUUCUCAUCUUUGGCAUAUGUGAUUUCAAAGGAAAAAUAAACAGGGUUCAAGAGAUCAUUGUCAAACCAAAAUCAUUUGAGAGAAGUCAAAAAUAGCUGUGCCAAAAAAAGUACAACUUAAAGCACUCUCCAGAGAGGAUCAUUCUCUGGCGUGACCAAAUGUCACCGUCAACUGCUAUUGGCCUAUAGAAGAGGGUUUCUUUCCCUAAUUUGGUCACAGUUUGUCAUUAUAGACUUAGUGAGCUCAUUGUAAAGAUGAUGCUGGCUUAACACUUCACUGUGUAACAAAGGUUAAGUAUUCAAAGUACCGGUACAUUGAUUUAGAGAGGGGGGGAGUCAGGUCUGUGACCUGGUUCUGUUUAAUAAACAACAGAACUUUUCAUUUCUGUUACUGCUGACUGUGUUAUUGCCCCCCUCAUUAAAUGCGUAGGCCGCCUACUGUCUCAUGCCGCGUUCACGUGCUAGUCGGAACUAGGAAGCUCAAAAAUGUCCAACUUUCUAACUGGUUGAACGCGGCAUGUGUAUAACUACAAGCAAUUAGCAAGUCGGGAAAUGUCUGACUUUUCGACUAGUAUGUGAACGCGGCAACUACCCAACACUUUGGGAAGAGGGAAGCCCAGCCCACCACCUCCACCAAGUCCCUAGCCUUGAGUUUCUUCAGCAAGAGCUUUAAACUCCAGUUAUUGUGUUUAUUAUGAGACCCUUACAUCAUCAGACUUGUUCAUCUUUUUAUACCAUACUUAAGGUAUUAAUUGACCUGUUAUUUAAUUUUUUUAUAUACCACUUUUAUAUAUGACAGUGCAUAUGUAUUCAUUCCUUUUUUUGUUCUGUUUUUGUAAGGGAAAUUUUUAUGUUCAUUUGCUAGAACACGUCGAUUCUUGUUACGUGACUUGAGAAAUGCGAUAUUAAUAGACGUCUGACCCAUAACUGUGUGAAUUUCAGGACCAACCAGGCAAGGUGGUCGAACCACUCAUUAGCCGAUAGAAAAUGUAAUCCAGUGCUUUUGUUUUGUUUUUAUUUAUGCUCAUAUCAUCCAGAUGUUCAUGUGAAUCUAUCUAUCCUAAUUGCAAAUGAAAGGUAGUUCCCUCAGUAUUCAUUCGUCUUCGGUUGUUGAACCAACUGUUUUUUUUCCCAUAGAUUUCUACAUGAAUUUAAGUAUUUAUUUAUAAAUCAAUUCAGUCGGCGACCAACUGACUCUCUUAAUUCCAUUUAUUAAAGUCAAGCUGCUGUCUUGAGGAGAAUGGCUGGAAGAGCCUGUACCUAGUUAGUGAAUGGACAUGUAACAAUGUCUUUUUAUAUAAAUAAAAUGUAGUUUCUAAAUAAAAUAAAAUCAUGUUUUGAAUGGCAUUUCAAUUUCAUGUACUUUGAUAACAGUUACUCUAAUUAAUGACACAGAUUCUCAAGCACUAGUUAAACAUAAGUAACUUUUUCACUAAACGGAUGUCCUUUUCAAGGUUGGGGGGGAAUAGACACUGUCUGAAACUGAGCAUAUAGUCUAGAGACAUGUCCAUCAGAUGACAUUACCUAAAAUCAGAUGAAGAGGGCAAAAUUGAGUAUAGCUCAAAUCAAUCUCCUGUCCUAGACGACAAUCCAUAGCAACAAACAGGUUCAAACAAAACUGAUAUCGUUACACAGAGACUGGUUUACUGUUCUGUAUUUAGAAUGAAUUCAUAGUUGUCUAUUGCAUGCUUUUAGUGUUUAUAUUAGCUUUGGUGACAUGAGCUGUCUGCAAGCCGAUGAUUGCAUGUUUUGACUACGAAACUGAAAUGAUGUACAUAGACUUUACCAAUCAUAUCUUAAAGGAACUGUCCAGUGUUUCCAGAUUUCUAUUACAUAUUUUUGUUUAACCUUUAUUUAACUAGGCAAGUCAGUUAAGAACAAAUUCUUAUUUUCAAUGUCGGCCUAGGAACAGUGGGUUAACUGCCUUGUUCAGGGGCAGAACGACAGAUUUUUACUUUGUCAGCUCGGGGAUUCGAUUUUGCAACCUUUCAGUUACUAGUCCAACGCUCUAACCACUAGGCUACCUGCCACCCCCAUGUAUGACCUAUAUAGUUAAUUCAUAUUGCAUAGAAAUGACUUAUAAUUAACUACCAUAUUACUUAAAUUAUCCUUCCAAAAAAAAUUAAGUAUGUUAAAAUCAGCUUUUCUAUGUUGGAAUGGUGUGGGCGUAUACCGGUCACAUGGUGUGGGCAAGUAGAUUGCUGAUUGGCCAGCUCAUCCUCUGUGAGGAAAUGUUUGUUUGAGAUACAAGCUUGAGGUGGUGUUUUAGGUGUGUUUUUUUUGGCCGCUGUUUAAGUUAACAGAAUAUUAACUUUUAAAAGUGAGAUUUUCACUGGACAGUUGCCUUAGAUUUCAUCAUUAGCUAUGCAAGCAGAGUCUGUUAAAUUGUAUUUAGAAACAAGUGCUUUUAUCUUCUCAUUAUGAUAAUACUUAUUUGAAAAAUAAAUAAGAAUUGAAAUGGACCCAACAUACAGUAUCUUAACAUGUAAAAGGAAUUCCAUGAUGUCUGCUUAUUCCAUGAAACUUGGCCAUAGUGGACUGGAUGCCACUUGACUUGUUUACCGCUCUUUGGUGUUGUAGCUCUGUGAUGUCCUCUGAUCUAUACUGUAAUGUUUUAAUGCCUUGGGAAUGGUAGAUGCAGGCAGAGAUCUGGGAAUAUCUAUGUUACGCUGCCCUUCUUUGGCUGAGUUUGGGUCUUCUUACAUAGCUUGGAUAUUCAUGUUUAAAUGUUUAUUGAAGGCUUUCAGCAUUUGAGUUGCCUGCCCUUGGCCUUUACAUAAGUCAAGCAUUCACAUGUAUUUGGUUCAGUCAAAUUCUCCCCCUCGCCAUCAUCGCACACUCAUGAUUUAACCUCACUGUACCAGUGGUUUGUCUUUGAUUCUGUAGAAGCAGAACUGUUAUUCUGAGAGAAUUUGAUCAAUAUGCAAAAAUGAUGACAAUGACAUUUGAAACACACAUCAGAGCAGUACAGUUGUGUUCCAGCGUGUGGCUAGCACUCUUGUUCUCCAUAAGCACAAUUCCACUGAGGCAUCCCAGAUCCUUGCAUGUCUCAUCUGGGUCUUGAUAGAAUGGUCUUUUAGUCUCGUGUUUUCAGCACCGUAAGUGGACAAGGUCAUUUUAAUUGUGUUUAUUUUUCACAUGAUUGUGUUGUUUAAGGGUGUGUAUAUUUGUAUGGAUGUCUUCACAGAGGACAGUUUCCAGUUUGUUUCAAGUUUUAUUAGUCGUAUGUACGGGACACGCAUAGUAUACUUCGUCCAACAAAAUGCUUACUUGCAUACGCACCAUUGUUCUUAGCUAGUCAAAGGUCACUCACUUGGGCUUCUGUGGUAGCCAACAUAUACCCACUUUGCAUUUUCUGCCAGUGAGCUAUUAACGUUAUCUUAGUUUACAUUUACAUUUUAGUCAUUUAGCAGACGCUCUUAUCCAGAGCGACUUACAGUAGUGAAUGCAUACAUUUCAUACAUUUUUUGUUCCCCCCGUACUGAUUUCCAGUGGUGGAAAAAGUACCCAAUGGUUAUACUUGAGUAAAAGUAUAGAUUCCUUAAUAGAAAGUUACUCAAGUAAAAGUUAGUCACCCAGUAAAAUACUACUUGAGUAAAAGUCUGAAGGUAUUUGUUUUUAAAUCUACUUAAGUAUUAAAAGUAAAUGUAAUUGCUAAAAUAUACUUAAGUAUUAAAAGUAAAAGUAUUACAAAAAAAUUAUAUAUAUAUAAAAAAAAAAAAAUUGUUGAGAUAGCCAGGGGCACACAUUAUUUACAAAUGAUGCAUUUGUGUUUAGUGAGUCCGCCAGACCAGAGGCAGUAGGGAUGACGGCGUGUUCUCUUGAUAAGUGUGUGAAUUUCACCGUUUUCCUGUACUGCUAAGAGUUCAAAAUUAAAUAAGUACUUUUGGUUGUCAGGGAAAAUGUAUGGAAUAAAAAGUACAAUACAUUCUUUAGGAAUGUAGUGAAGUAAAAGUAGUCAAAAAUAUAAAUAGUAAAGUACAGAUACGCCAAAAAACUAAUUGAGUAGUACUUUAAAGUAUUUUACGUCACUGUUGAUUUCAGAUCAGAUUUUGUCAGUGCUCCUUCUGUGAUGUUUGAUUCUUGUAGCAUUCUGAUGUCAUGGUUUUGUCUUUUUUUAAGUAUUGAGAAAUGUGAAUUCUUCUGUGAUUAUCUUUUUUUAUUAUGGAAAUUAAUUACUGAAUAAAAUGAAUGUGUAUGUGGUUA